UGUCACAAUCACUUUCAACUCAGGUCCUCUCAACACUCCCUUUGAUUCUUCGAGACUCACUUAUCUCGCGCUUGCCCUCGGCUUAAAGCUUGAGCUCUUGCAGCCUCAGAAUCAACAAGCACCACCCUCACUCCAAUCUUAAGCAGCCGCGGUCCCUAGAUUCAAUCCACUGCGUCGGCCUCCGGCGUCUACCACAAUGAGUGCGAUUCUCUCUGCAGAUGACCUCAACGACUUCAUUUCCCCUGGUGUUGCAUGCAUUAAGCCAGUUGAAACGCUCCCCAAGAAAGAGGAAUCGAACUCUGAUAAUCCUUAUGAAGUGACCAAAGAAGACAAGAUUCAGCCUGAGAACUUGCCUCCAGCUCAAAUCUCUCUGACGGACUGCCUCGCGUGUUCCGGAUGUGUCACCUCCGCAGAAGCAGUGCUCAUUUCGCUGCAGUCACACGCGGAGGUCCUCAACACCCUUGACACAUACCCCGAAUUGUCCUUGAGUGGCGAUGACAAUCAUAGCGACGAGGGUCGGAUAUUUGUCGCAAGUGUCAGUCCGCAAGUAAGAGCCAGCCUAGCGGCAACCUACGGAAUAGCAGAGAAGGAUGCGGACAACAUGAUUCAUCAGUUCUUGAGCGGCCCUCAGGGACUACGGGCUGGAGGAGCGAAGAACAGCGGAUUCUCUUGGGUUGUUGACACCAAUGUUAUGCGGGAAGCGGUCCUAUCCCUUACUGCGGACGAGGUCAGCGACUCACUGGCCGCAGCUUCAUCCGCUGGAUCGUCAUUACCGAAACGCCCGAUUUUGUCUUCCGCAUGUCCCGGGUGGAUCUGUUAUGCCGAGAAGACGCAUCCCUUCAUCCUUCCCCAUCUGUCACGUCUCAAGUCGCCCCAGGCACUCACCGGGACCUUCUUGAAGACGGUGCUCAGCAAGUCUUUGGGAAUCCCAACGUCUCGCAUCUGGCAUUUGGCUAUCAUGCCAUGCUUCGAUAAAAAACUCGAAGCCAGCAGAGAAGAACUCACAGAUGCAGCUUGGUCACCUGUCACUUCAGAGUCUACGACACCCAUUCGCGACGUGGACUGCGUCAUCACCACGCGCGAACUCCUAUCAUUGGCAUCCUCUCGAGGCAUAUCUUUACCUAGCCUACCUCUUACUCCUUUUUCUCAGCCUCAAUUCCCGGACCCGGUCUUGAACGACUUCCUCUUCUCCAAGCGCCACUUGAUGCAGAAUGUUACGACAGGGACUUCUGGGGGUUAUCUCUAUCAUGUUCUCCAACACUUUCAAUCACGAAACCCUGGUAGCCAGAUCGAGAUCCAACGAGGAAGAAAUGCAGACGUUGUGGAAUACUUCCUAAUGUCGCCCGAACACCAACCCAUCAUGAAAGCUGCCCGUUACUAUGGCUUCAGAAACAUCCAGAAUCUUGUCCGUAAACUCAAGCCGGCACGGGUGUCCCGACUCCCUGGCGCGAAGACAGCAAAUGGAGCCGUGGGAGGCACUAGACGGCAGCCAAUGGCACGGAACGCUGUAUCAGGCGGAUCGGGCUCGGACUAUGCAUAUGUGGAAGUCAUGGCGUGUCCCGGGGGCUGUACGAAUGGCGGGGGACAGAUCCGUAUUGAAGAUGCCAGAGAGGCCACAUCCAGCACACAGACCGAGGCACUUGAGGCAGCAUCGAAACCCUCGCCGCAUGAGCAACGCGCCUGGCUUGCGCGAGUAGAUGAGGCCUAUUUCUCUGCCGAGUCAGAUUCGGAAAGUGAGGUCAAUCCUCAACCACAGCCCCGGUCCCUCGCGGAACAAGAGGCCAGGGUUCAUAAUGCUAUGAGCCACUGGUCAACUUUCAUGGGUGUGCCUCUUUCGAAAUUGGUAUAUACCACUUACCGUGAGGUUGAGAGCGACGUUGGCAAGCCACAGGGCCCACCAGAUGCCACUCGCGUGGUCGAGUUGGCCGGGAAGAUCGGUGGUGGCUGGUGAUUUCUUAUAUUAUUUGAUGACAUAUACCCUGUGAUGAUUGCAUAUAUGGUUUCUGUAUGGUUGCAUUGGCUGCGCGGUCAUGAAUACUAUAGAUAGACAAUUGAUUCAG